AAACGUAUAGAAAAACAAGCUUCUCGUUGUCAAACAGAGUUUAUUCGUGCAGGAAUGACAGCAUCAGUUGAAGAAGUUGUAGCGACGGUACUAGAAAGUAUUCACGAUCAGAACCUCGAUGGUGAUGAAGCAAAAGCAUCAAAAAUAAAGGAAGAAGCCAACCAGUUUUUCAAAGAUCAAGCUUAUGAUGUUGCAAUUGAGUUGUACUCGAUGGCCAUAGAACACCAUCCCACAGCAGUUUUAUAUGGGAAUAGAAGCAUGGCUUACUUGAAAAAAGAAUUGUACGGUAGUGCUUUGGAAGAUGCUAACAACGCCAUUUCGAUUGAUCCUUCGUAUAUGAAAGGAUACUACCGUCGAGCUACAGCAAAUAUGGCAUUAGCUAGGUUCAAGAAGGCUCUUGCUGAUUAUGCCACUGUGGUACGCGCCCAUCCGAACGAUGCGGAUGCAAAACGCAAGCACGAUGAAUGUCAAAAAAUUGUUCGGCGAAUUGCUUUCGAGAAGGCGAUAUCGGUAGACCAUGAUAAGAAAAGUGUAUCUGAAUCAAUCGAUCUCUCCACGAUGAUUGUUGAGGAAGCUUAUGAUGGACCACACUUAGAUGAAGUCAUUACUGUCGAUUUCGUCAACGAAAUGAUUGCAACCUUCAAAAAGCAGGGAAAAUUGCACAAAAAAUAUGCAUUCAAAAUAUUAUUGGAUAUAUAUGCAUACUUCAAAGAACAACCGACUUUAGUUGAAAUUGAUGUGCCUCCAAAGCAGCGUUUCACCAUUUGUGGUGAUAUACACGGUCAAUUUUACGAUCUCUGCAAUAUUUUUGAUAUUAACGGACUACCAUCAGAAACCAACCCCUAUCUCUUCAAUGGCGACUUUGUUGAUCGUGGUUCCUUCAGUGUUGAAACAAUUUUCACCAUGUUUAGCUACAAGUUACUCUACCCCAACCACUUCUUCCUAUCACGCGGAAACCAUGAAAGCGAUGUUAUGAAUAAGAUGUACGGCUUUGAAGGAGAAGUAAAAAAGAAAUAUACGGGUCAAAUGGCCGACUUUUUCACAGAAAUCUUUUGUUUGCUUCCACUUUGUCAUCUCGUCAACAGGAAAAUUUUUGUAUGUCAUGGAGGACUGUUUAAGGAGGACGGUGUCACCUUGGACGAUAUCCGGAAAACUGAUAGAGUUCGCCAACCUCCUGAUGAAGGCAUUAUGUGCGAUUUGUUAUGGUCAGAUCCACAAGAACUGCGAGGCCGUGCACCCUCUAAGCGUGGUGUAGGAUGUCAAUUUGGCCCAGAUAUAACUGAUGCUUGGAUCGCGAAGAACGGUGUUCAAUAUGUUGUCAGGAGCCACGAAGUAAAGCCGGACGGUUACGAGGUACACCACAACGGCAAGUGCAUUACGGUAUUUUCUGCGCCUAAUUAUUGUGAUCAAAUGGGCAACAAAGGAGCUUUCAUUACAAUUACAGGAGAUAAUCUCACUGUGUUCGUUUGA